GUCGAUCCUGAUGUGCGAAAGGCUGUCUAUUGUGCUGGAAGCAGAAUGGGCUCAGCGCAAGAUUUUAAGACGAUGCAUACUCUAUUCGAAAAUCAAGCAUAUUACAAUAUGUAUUUCUAUGGAGAAUAUUUCGCGAUGCUCGAGGGCAUGGCUUGCACGAAUCGACCCGAGGAUAUCGAUAUGUAUGACGAUUGUUCUUUUGAUUCCUCAAAUUCACUCAAAUUGUCAUUUUGAGAUUCAUCAGUGCACUCCACUCACGGAACCGCCUCUGAAAACUAGCCUUUUUUAG